ACCGGUUGCACUUGAGUGGCACUCUAACCAGCAAACUAUCCAAAUCAACUGGACACUCGUGGAGAAUAUUUGUCGCACCACUGAAGAUUGUGUGGAACUUCACUUCUCUCAGAUUUGCCCACUUCAACUGCAACAUGGCGACAUGCUGUUGAUGGAUGCCGAUGAAACUCUAAAGUCGUAUGGGAUCCAACUACUCAACGUCUCUAAGGACAACUUCGAGAGCUGUUCUGCAAACGGGUUGACUGAAGACCAGUUUGUUUUCCCUCAUCAUAUAAAUAGAAGCGAACAAAUGGACAGCAAGUGGCUCAAAGCUGGUCACCAGUACUUCAUAGCUCUGCAUGACAAAGACAGUCAGCUGUGUAAACUCGGUUUAAGACUCAACGUGACGUUGAAGACCCAGGAUUGUCAGUCCUCCCCUCUGGUUCCACUUUGCUCUGGGAAUGGUGUUUGUCAAACGGACCAAUGGGAACGGGCUUACUACUGUCGAUGUCAUCACCAAUAUUCUGGGAAGUUUUGCGAAAAAUGUGAUGCCUGUUUGAACAACCCCUGUAAAAACAACGGGGUCUGCUUGAGUAACGGAUCUUCAGAUCCACACCGCAGAAUGUGUACAUGUCUGUGCCCACCACAUUUCACAGGAACAAACUGCUCUGAAGUCAUUGGAAAGGAAAACUGCAAGAGGAUGUGCACCGAAGGGACGUGCGUUCAAGUGUCAUCGACCUCCUUCAAAUGCUUUUGUAGGGCCGAAUUCUCAGGGCAAGCAGAUGAUUGGCGGAGGUCUCCAUUCAGGUCAUAGAAGAGUGGUCCACAUGACUUAGAACAGCUAGCAGUUCCUCCAGACUGGUAUUUGUCAGGUUCAAACACUGUUGACAUCUAUUAAACAGACAAAGAAGCAAGGAAUCAAACAGAUACAGAAUUAAAUUUAGCUCAAUUGAGGAGAAACAUCUGGGCUGUACUCUUGCACAGUGUCCCACCACGCUCUGACGAAAGAUUGUACGCCUCCUCUUUUAUUUGGACUUUCCCUGAUUACGUGGCAACAGCUGUUUCUAAAGGAAGGGGGUCGUAAACAGCCGCUGCCUUUGGUCACAAAACAGCUAAAAGAAAAGUUGCCUUGAGGGGGUCAGGUCCUGCUUCCUCUCCGCUUUGUAGAUCUCGGGUCAAGACAAAAUGUUCCUGUGGAUUACAAUACAUCAAAGAAACCGACACCUUCAUGUCUCUUCCCAUCCUACACAGUGGAGUUGUACAAGCCUUUUGAUUGGUAAGAUCAAAGACAGCUUUUGUCCUCUCGCCGGGAACUCAUUGAAACA